AUGCUCCCGCCGCGCGCCGCCGCCGUGCUGCUGCUGGCCCUGGCGGCCGGCGCGGCCCGGGGCGCCGACGACCUGGCCUCGGACACCGCGGCGCUGCAGGCCUUCCUCGCGCCGUUCGGGUCGGCGACCGUGUCGUGGAACUCGUCCCAGCCGGCCUGCUCCUGGACGGGCAUCGUCUGCACCGGGGGCCGCGUCACGGAGAUCCACCUGCCCGGGGAAGGCCUCCGGGGCGCUCUCCCCGUCGGCCCGCUCGGCGGGCUCACCAAGCUCGCCGUGCUGUCACUGCGGUACAACGCGCUCUCCGGCCCGCUGCCUCGGGACCUGGCCUCCUGCGUCGAGCUCCGGGUGAUCAACUUGCAGUCCAACCUCCUCUCCGGCGAGCUCCCCGCGGAGCUGCUCUUCCUGGACGGCAACCGCCUCACCGGUGAGCUGCCGAAUGUCAGCAUGCCGUCGCUCACCUCGUUCAACGUCUCCUUCAACAACCUCAGCGGCGAGAUACCCACGAGCUUCGGCGGCAUGCCGGCCACGUCUUUCCUCGGCAUGCCGUUGUGCGGCAAGCCCCUCCCACCGUGCCGAGCGCCGAGUUCGGAAGCGCCGUCCUCUCAGUCUCCCACGCUCCCGCCCGAAGCACCGGCCCCGACGACUGACAGCCGCGGACGAGGCAGGCAUCACCUCGCCGGCGGCGCCAUCGCUGGCAUUGUGAUUGGCUGCGCCUUUGGCUUCCUGCUCAUCGCGGCCGUCCUCGUCCUCGCGUGUGGCGCGCUGCGCCGGGAGCCGAGACCAACCUACCGCAACCAUGACGCCGUUGCGGCGGAGCUGGCCCUGCACAGCAAAGAGGCAAUGAGCCCCAACGGCUACACUCCACGCGUCUCAGACGCGCGACCGCCGCUGCCUUCAGUCCCACCAGCCGCAGCCGCGGGACGGAAGAAGCUUUUCUUCUUCGGUAGGAUUCCUCGGCCCUACGACCUCGAGGACCUGCUGCGCGCGUCCGCCGAGGUUCUUGGCAAGGGCACGUACGGCACCACGUACAAGGCCGCGAUCGAGUCUGGGCCGGUCAUGGCGGUGAAGCGCCUCAAGGAGACCUCGUUGCCGGAGCGCGAGUUCCGGGACAAGGUCGCGGCCAUCGGCGGGAUCGACCAUCCCAACGUCGUGCCCCUGCAGGCCUAUUACUUCAGCAAGGACGAGAAGCUCAUGGUGUACGAGUUCGUGGCCAUGGGCAGCCUUUCCUCCAUGCUUCACGGCAACCGCGGCUCCGGCCGGUCGCCGCUGAGCUGGGAGUCGAGGAGGCGCAUCGCGCUGGCCUCGGGGCGCGGCCUCGAGUACAUCCACGCGACGGGCUCCAUGGUGACGCACGGCAACAUCAAGUCCUCCAACAUCCUCCUCAGCCGCUCCGUGGACGCGCGCGUGGCCGACCACGGGCUCGCGCACCUCGUCGGUCCCGCGGGCGCGCCGACGACCCGUGUCGCGGGGUACCGCGCGCCCGAGGUGGUGGCGGACCUGCGCCGGGUAUCGCAGAAGGCCGACGUGUACAGCUUCGGCGUGCUGCUCCUGGAGCUGCUGACGGGGAAGGCGCCGACGCACGCGGUGCUGCACGACGAGGGCGUGGACCUCCCGCGGUGGGCGCGCUCCGUGGUGAAGGAGGAGUGGACGUCCGAGGUGUUCGACACGGAGCUGCUCAGGCACCCGGGCGCUGAGGAGGAGAUGGUGGAGAUGCUGCGGCUGGCCAUGGACUGCACCGAGCCCGCCCCUGACCAGCGGCCGGCGAUGCCCGAGAUCGUGGCGCGCAUCGAGGCGCUCGGCGGCAUGGCGUCGGCGUCGACGGCGGCGCGGUCCGGCCGGAGCGCGUCCAUGGACGAGGCGGACGACCGGCCGCUGAGGACCACCGGAUCGAUCCGCCAGAGCUGA